AUGCCUACAGUGAAAAGAUUAGAACUGACUUACGAUGAGUUAAACGAGUAUGGGACGUUUUCGGAGGGGGACACGAUAACAGGGAAGGUUACUCUGGAACUAGAAAAAGAAACCAAGAUCGAAAGCCUCUUCGUAAAACUUAAAGGCGACGUUAGAGUUAAUUGGUCUGAAAAAUAUGGGGAUAAAUCCAGAAACUACAGCGCGCACACGAGACUGUUUAAACAGAAGCAGCUUCUCAUCAGACAAGAGUCCAAUGACACCAAACGUCCUGCAGGGAUUCAUAUGUUCAAAUUCAGCUUGAGUAUACCACAAGGAAAUAUGCCCUCAUCUUUUCGAGGUACUUAUGGAAAAGUUGUUUACAAACUUGAGGCCAAGCUGUCGAGAAACUGGAGGAUGGACAGUACAGAUGAAAAGGAGCUUUGUUUUCGGUCAAAGGCAUUUUCUAAUAUUGAUCAAAUGAAUUUGCCACAGGUCCGCUCAACAAAUAAAGAAGUUGGUGUCUUCAGAAAAGGGACAGUGCAGAUGGAUGUUACAGUUGACAAGAGAGGUUAUGUCCCAGGUGACUCUGUGUUGAUAACUGCAAAAGUCAACAAUUCCUCAUCCAAAGAUGCCACACCCAAAUUCAGCUUCAUUCAAGAUGUGUUGUGCCGAGCAAGUGGAAAUACUAAGCAUGAAAAAAAUGUAAUUCACAGAGAAAUUCGAGAGCGUGUUAAACCUCAAACUUCUAAGGAACUCAGAUUUUCUUUCAAGAUUCCUUCCAAAACACCACUGUCCAUUCAGAACUGUAACAUACUGUCUGUGGUUUACCGCAUUAAGGUAUAUCUGGAUAUCAGUUUUUCCUUUGAUCCAGAGGUUGUGUUACCAGUGGAUCUUUUCUGGAUCAGUCCUCAUUCUGCAGGUGGCGCGGUUGGAGGCCCGAGCGCCAGUGAUUUCCCCGCUCCAGUAUCUUUUGCUAGUCCUUAUUCUCCAGCUGCAGGAGCAUCUCUGUAUCCAGAAACAGCUCAACACCCACACAGUCCUCCAGUGUACUCCGGAGCUCAGCCAGAUGCAUACGGAUCUCCAUUUUCCUCAUCAUCAUCAGCCUCUGUUCUUUACCCUCCUCCUCCCGCUGGGCCAGCACACUCCCAGUUCACUUCAGCGCCACCGUCUUACGAUACGCUGGAACCUCCUCCACCAAGUUACUCCUUAGCCCCACUUUCCUCUGGAGUAACUGUGCCUUCUGCCCCUGUGAUGACUGAAAACUUCCUCUCCCGAACAGAUGAGGAGCCUCCAUCGUAUGAAAUCCUCUUCCCCUCAUCCAAUGUUUUCUUGUCUUCUGUUUUUAAAAUGCCUUCAGUGAAAAGAUUAGUACUGACUUACGAUGAGUUAAACGAGUAUGGGACGUUUUCGGAGGGGGACACUAUAACAGGGAAGGUUACACUGGAACUAGAAAAAGAAACCAAGAUCAAAAGCCUCUUCGUAAAAGUUAAAGGCGACGUUAGAGUUAAUUGGUCUGAACCAGAUGGAGAUUCCCCAGGGGGCAUCUACAGGGCGCACAUGAGACUGUUUAAACAGAAGCAGUUUCUCAUCCGCCAAGAGUCCAGUGGCACCAAACUUCCUGCAGGGAUUCAUAUUUUCAAAUUCAGCUUGAGUAUACCACAAAGAAAUAUGCCCUCAUCCUUUCAAGGUACUUAUGGAAAGGUUGUUUACAAACUUGAGGCCAAGCUGUCGAGAAGCUGGAGGAUGGACAGUACAGAUGAAAAGGAGCUUUGUUUUCGGUCAAAGGCAUUUCCUCAUAUUGAUCAAAUGAAUUUGCCACAGGUCGGCUCAACAAAUAAAGAAGUUGGUGUCUUCAGUAAAGGGACAGUGCAGAUGGAUGUUACAGUUGACAAGAGAGGUUAUGUCCCAGGUGACUCUGUGUUGAUAACUGCAAAAUUCAACAAUUACUCAUCCAAAGAUGCCACACCCAAAUUCAGCUUCAUUCAAGAUGUGUUGUACCGAGCAAGUGGAAAUACUAAACAUCAUGAAAAUGAAAUUCACAAAGAAACUCGAGUGUCUGUUAAACCUCGAACUUCUAAGGAACUCAGAUUUUUUUUCAAGAUUCCUUCCAAAACACCACUGUCCAUUCAGAACUGUAACAUACUGUCCGUGGAGUACCGCAUUAAGGUAUAUCUGGAUAUUAGUUUUUCCUCUAAUCCAGAGGUUGUGUUACCAGUGGAUAUUUUCUGGAUCAGUCCUCAUUCUGCAGGUGGCGCAGUUGGAGGCACGAGCGCCAGUGACUUCCCCCCUCAGCUGCCAGAUGCAUACGGAUCUCCAUUUUCCUCGUCAUCGUCAGCCUCUGUUCUUUACCCUCCUCCUCCAGCAGCACCACCACCUCCUCCCGGGCCAGCACACUCCCAAUUCGCUUCAGCGCCACCAACUUACAAUACGCUGGAACCUCCUCCACCAAGUUACCCCUUAGCCCCACUUUCCUCUGGAGUAACUGUGCCUUCUGCCCCUAUGAUGACUGAAAACUUCCUCUCCCGAACAGAUGAGGAGGCUCCAUCGUAUGAAAUCCUCUUCCCCUCAUCCAAUGGUUCAAAUUCUGACCAAAAAUAG